AUGAAGCUCGCCGUCUCUGCUGUAGCGGCGGCUGCCCUCGUCGACGUGGCUGUCGCCUCUGCCCCAGCCAUUGUCAUUAAGGGCUCUAAAUUCUUCUACGAAAACAACGGCACGGAAUUCUUCAUCCGUGGUGUGGCCUACCAGCCCCCCUAUGAUGACGACGGCACGACGACCUCCGCUGGCACGGUGGAUUUCGUCGAUCCCCUCGCCAACGAGACCAUCUGCAAGCGGGAUCUGCCCUACCUGCAGGAACUCAACACCAACGUGGUGCGUGUUUACGACGUCGACCCCGACGCGGACCACACCACCUGCAUGAAUCUGUUCGCCGACGCAGGUAUCUACGUGCUGGCGGAUCUGUCCUCGGCGGACUACUCCAUCGACAGCAGCGACCCGGAGUGGAACAUUGACCUGUACAACUACUACGCCAGCGUGGUCGACUCGCUGGCCAACUACACCAACACUCUGGGCUUCUUCGCGGGUAACGAGAACUCCAACAGUGUCAACACCACCGGUGCCAGUGCCUACGUCAAGGCCGCCGUGCGUGACAUGAAGGCCUACAUCAAGUCCAAGAACUACCGCUCCAUCGGUGUCGGUUACUCCGCUGCUGAUGUCUCCGAGAUCCGUACCGACCUCGUCGACUACUUCAACUGCGGUGACUCGGACGACUCCGUCGACUUCUUCGGUGACAACGUCUACGAGUGGUGCGGUGACUCCACCUACACCGAGUCCGGCUACAACGUCAUGACCGAGGACCUGAGCAACUACUCCGUCCCUUACUUCUUCUCCGAGUACGGUUGUAUCACCGUCCAGCCUCGUUCCUUCAGCAACGUCCCCGUCAUGUACGGCCCCAAGAUGGACUACUGGCUCGCCGGUGGUAUCGUCUACGAGUACUUCCAGGAUGCCAACGACUACGGUCUGGUCACCAUCUCCGACGGCUCCGUCAGCACCCUGACCGGCUUCUCCUCGUACUCCAAGGAAAUCAACAGCGUCAGCCCCACCGGCACCAACAGCGCCAGCUACACGCCCACCAACACCGUCGCCCGGUCAUGCCCGACCGUCGGCUCCAGCUGGGAAGCCGCCAGCGCACUGCCCCCGGCGCCCAACUCGGAACUCUGCUCCUGCAUGGAGGAGACCCUCUCGUGCGUGGUCAAGGACAGCGUGUCGAGCAAGAAAUACGCCGACCUGUACAGCACCGUCUGCGGGUACGGCGUGUGCGAGGGCAUCACCGGUAACACCACUACGGGCAAGUACGGCGCCUACAGCAUGUGCACGACCAAGCAGAUGCUCAACUGGGCCUUGAACGCCUACUACGAGGAGCAGAAGGAGAAGGGUAACGGUGCCUCCGCCUGUGACUUUGCUGGCUCGGCUACUACUACCUCUACUACUUCUCCUACUGGUACUUGCUCGUCUCUGCUCAAGGCUGUUGGCACUGCUGGUACCGGUACCGUGUCGUUGUCGGCUGCUGCCGGUACGAGCACUGGUGACUCCGGCAGCAGUGGUUCGGAGAGUAGCUCUGCUGGUGUGCCUGGGUACAUGAGCUACACUGCCACGCUUGGGUUGGGUCAGUUGGUCGUGUUUGUUGCUGUCGGUGUGUUGUCUGGUACUGGAAUGAUUCUUUUGUAGAGUGUUAGUAUUUAGGUUAGGCUGGGGUGGUUGUGUAAUAGUGAAGAUGAUGAGAGGCUGUAGGAAGGUGGGAUUGAUGUAUUAGUGUCG